AUGAGUGAACAUCACCUUCUUAAGACUCUUGGAAAGAAGAUUGGACUUGAAGUCUUUCGAAUCAACAAGUUCGAACUUGAAAGAGUACCGCAAGAGCAACACGGUGCUUUCUAUUCUGGAGAUUGCUAUGUCGUCUUAAGUACUAAGAGCACUGAUGAGUGGAAUGUUCACUUCUGGUUGGGAAACCACGCAACUAGUGAUGAAAUAGGAUCAGCUGCUAUUUGGACAGUGGAAGUUGAUAAUGCCUUGGGAGGAUUCCCCGUACAAUAUCGUGAAGUACAACAUCACGAGUCUUCUCUUUUCCUUUCUUAUUUCCCAGAUGGCCUUCGUUACUUGGAAGGUGGAUAUGCCUCUGGCUAUCAUCAUUGUGAGAAUAUCUUUGAUAACUGGAAGCCUAAGCUCUUCCAUUGUAAAGGAAAGCGAAACAUUCGUUGUGCUCAAGUCAAAUGUGCCAAAGAGUCUUUGAACUUGGGCGAUGUCUUCAUUCUGGAUUUGGGAAGAAACUUGUACGUUUGGAUGCCACCAGAUAGUGGACGAUUGGAGAGAAUUAAGGGAAUGGCACGUGCUAAGAACAUUGCUUUGGUCGAAAGACAUGGGGAAGCUGACGUACACAUCCUCGACGAUGAAUGGAAGACUGAUGUUAAGUUCUGGUCCUAUUUCGGAGGAAAGGAAGUAAUUCCGAAAAUUGCCAAAGCAAAAGAUGAUGAUGAUGAUUAUUGGAAGAUUCAUACUAAACUUUUGUCUCUCUGGAAGGUAUCUGAUGCUACUGGUGACAUGAAAGUUACUAUCGUCGCAGAGGGAGAAUUGAAACAGUCUCUAUUGGAUUCAAAUGAUGCUUUUAUCUUGGACGCUUCAGCUGGAGGAAUUUUUGUAUGGAUCGGCAAGAACUGUACCAUUGAAGAGCGUCAUAAAGCUGUUUCGUGGGGAGAUAAGUAUUUGAAGCAGAGAAAACUCCCUGAGUGGACCCAGGUCACUAGAAUCUUAGAAACAACUGAGCCACAGAUCUUCACUCAAUGGUUUUCUCAAUGGGCUGAUGUUAAGAAAAAAAAUUCUUUCGAGCCUCAUCUUUAUCAGGUUUCUGAUGAAAGUGGAAAGAUCGUUGUUGAAGAAGUUUCAAACUUCACUCAAGAGAGUCUCGAUGGUGACGAUGUCAUGAUCUUGGACGCAUUGAAUUUGAUUUAUGUUUGGGUUGGAAGUGGAGCAACUCCAAAUGAGAAGAAGUCAGCUGAACAGACAGCUAAGAAGUUUUUGGAGCAAAGUCAGCUUCCUCGCCACAAGAAGGCAAACACAGAAACGAUUUACCAAGGGCAAGAGACUCCAACAUUCAAAAAGUUUUUCCCAUCAUGGGAUGAGAAGCUGUUCAAAGCUCAAGCUCGCAGUGUACAGAACAUGAGAAAGCUCCUUUUCCAUUAA